AUGUUGGUGAACUUUCCUCAAACGCACGACACAGUGCAUUCGUCUACUCUUCGUCGAGGCAAACGAGCGAACAAUGUAAUUUGUAACUGUGAGGAAAACCCGUCACAGUGUCCAAUUGGCAGUCCUGGACCAAUGGGAAAGCCGGGUGAACCCGGUCUCGAUGGGGAGAAUGGUGAGCCCGGAAUCCCAGGCGCACACCACGUGAUGAUUCUAUACAGGAGGCCAAUAGACUGCAUUCCGUGCCCUGCGGGUCCACCAGGUCCUCAAGGUCUAGAUGGCCCCAUGGGAUCAACGGGACCCGUUGGUUGGUAUGGCCCACCUGGACGUCCAGGCAAGAAUGGAGAAAAUGGUCCACCUGGAGAGCGAGGUAACGCUGGACCAACUGGUCAACCAGGUACUCCUGGAGUGCCCGGUUAUGCAGGAAGCAAUGGCAUCAAAGGCAAAGGAGCUCCAGGCAAAGCUGGAGAGAGAGGUUUGCGUGGACCAGAAGGAGCUCCGGGCAGGAACGGAGAGGAUGGUCAAGAGGGCAUGCCUGGAAAACCUGGUCCACCUGGUCAUCCAGGUACAGAUGGCAUGCCAGGCUUACAUGGAACACCCGGCUUCUCGGGGAUGGAAGGCCUGCUUGGUACGGAUGCUGCUUAUUGUCCUUGUCCACGAAGAAGUUCGGCUUUUGUGGAGGAAUUUGAGAGAAUAGUCAGCCCACCAUCCGUUGCUCCUUCUCCCGAACUCCUAGGCAAUGAUGAGUAG